UCAUCAUCAUAAUAUCUACAUAAUAUUUUUAUGGUACUGCUGUUAAUGGUAAUGUUGUCCUGCUUUAUAAAUUGAUUUUCUUCACAUGUAAAUCGUUUUAGAUGAGUACUUUGAGAGAUCGGACGAAAAUGCUCCGGGAGUGAGCGGAACUACGUAUCCCAUGCUGCACUGCACAUGACCUGUCACGUGAUCCCCGUAGUGAAACAUGGCACCUGUCUAGCACUACAGGAACUGAAUUGCAGUUUGACAGAGAAAUACAAUAUCAUCGCAUCUAACCGCUUAGUUUUCUUAAAUACACGAUGCAGAAAAUCAAGUCUUUAAUGGCCCGUCAGGGCCUGAAAAGUCCUCAAGAGAGUGUGGUCGACAUGAGCCCCGUGGAGAACUUAAGGACCCCCAGCAAGGAAGAGCUGCGGGAACUGAGAGAGCAGCCCACUGAUCCCCAGGCAGAGCAGGAAAUCAUCGACAGCAUCGAGGAAGUGUACUUUUCCAGCGACUCCUUCGACAUGGUGCAAUACGAGCUGGAGAAACUCCCUCCCGAUCUGAACCUCCAGGAACUCGAGGAAUACAGAGAUAAGCUGAAGAGACAACAAGCAGCCGUGUCUAAAAGAGUGGCAGACCUUAUUCUGGAGAAACAGCCUUCGUAUGUUAAGGAGCUUGAGAGAGUGACGUCUCUUCAAACUAAUCUGCAGCUGGCUGCCGUAAUCUGCACAAACGCACGGAGACAGCUUCGUUCUUCUAAAGAGGGCUUUACUGAAGCCAGUCUGGGGCUUUUGGCCAAUCAGAGACGCCGACAGCUGUUGACAGGAUUGCUGAAAUCUUUGAGGACCAUAAAGACUCUACAAAGAACUGAUGUUAGACUCAGCGAGAUGCUGGAGGAGGAGGAUUAUCCAGGAGCCAUCCAGUUGUGUUUAGAAUGCCAGAAAGCCGCCAGCACUUUCAAACACUACAACUGUAUAAGUGAGUUGAAUUCCAAACUGCAAGACACCUUGGAGCAAAUAGAGGAACAGCUAGAUGUGGCUCUGUCCAGAACCUGCAAGCACUUUGAUGUCUCUCACUACACCAAAGUUCAACUGGCGUAUAAGCUUCUGGGCAAAACACAGACUGCCAUGGACCAGCUGCACAUGCACUUCACGCAAGCCAUCCACAACACUGUCUUCCAGGUGGUUCUGGGAUACGUGGAGCUGUGCGCUGGCAAUGCCGACACCAAGUUUCAGAAGAUGCAGUACAGGGAUCUAUGCACGCACAUUACCCCAGACAGCUACAUCCCCUGCCUAACAGACCUCUGCAAGGCAUUGUGGGAGGUGAUGCUCAGUUACCACCUAACCAUUCUGUGGCACGAUGAACACUACAAAGAAGAGGAGGCAGCUCCUGCAGCAGAUGACUCCACCGUGGGCCGCAGUUACGUGAAAAAGAAGCUGGAGCAUGGUUUAACCCGGAUCUGGCAGGACGUCCAAUUGAAAGUGAAAGCCUAUUUGCUGGGAACAGACAUGUCCAACUUCAAGUACGACGACUUCAUUGUGGUGCUGGAUGUUAUCAGCAGGUUAAUGCAGGUGGGAGAGGAGUUCUGCGGAAGCAAGUCGGAGGUAUUACAGGAGUCCAUUAAGAGACAGAGCGUAAACUACUUUAAGAACUACCACAGAACCCGCCUGGAGGAGCUGCGCAUGUUUCUUGAAAACGAAACAUGGGAGCUGUGCCCUGUGAAGUCCAAUUUUAGUAUUGCACAGCUUCACGAGUUUAAGUUCAUGGGUCAGUGUCGUUCUCCCUCAGUGUCUCCCAGCAGACAGUCAGAAUCCAUCGAUCCUGUGGAUCUUUCUCUCUUUGAGCAGUACCUACAGGGCGGAAACCCGUUUGAGAUGCAGAUAGAUAAUAAGGAAGACGAAACAGAGGAUGUCCUGGCUUCCAAUGGGUAUGAGUCAGAUGAGCUGGAGAAGUGCGUGUAUCAGGACUACGACAGUGAUAGCGACGUAGCCGAUGAGCUGAAGCAGGACUACGUCGAUGAACAAACAGGAGACGUGCCUGUAAAGAGCGUGUCCAGAGAGACCCUCCGCAGCCAGAAGAGAUCUGACUACAAUCUCAACAGAGCCAAUGCCCCCAUCCUUACCAACACCACCCUCAACGUGAUUCGUCUUGUCGGUAAAUACAUGCAGAUGAUGAAUAUUCUGAAGCCCAUCGCCUUCGAUGUCAUCCACUGUGUCUCUCAGCUCUUUGAUUAUUACCUUUAUGCCGUCUACACCUUCUUCGGCCGCAAUGACAUGUACGAAUCUUCUGGGCUGGGUCUGAUCAGCAGCAGACUGAGGACUACUCUCAGCAGAAUCCAGGAGAGCCUUAUAGAUAUGGAGGCUGGAGGAGAAACCGCAGGUCCUCAUGCACCUGCUGAGGAAAGGAAGGAGAAGGUCCCCAGUCCUCACCUCAGUCAGCUGGUGGUCCUCACGGCUAGCGAAACGCUCUACGGUUUGGCAGAGAGAGUCGUCGCCACAGAAUCUCUAGUUUUUCUGGCAGAGCAGUUUGAGCUUCUUCAGCCCCAUCUCGACACUAUGAUGCCUUCAGCCAAGAAGCCUUUCCUCCAGCAGUUCUACUCACAGACUGUAUCUACAGCCAGUGAACUCCGAAAGCCCAUUUACUGGAUAGUGGCAGCCAAAGCCAUAGAUUACGAACAGAUGCUUUUGCUGAUGGUGGGAGUGAAAUGGGACAUUAAAGAGAUAAUGUCACAGCACAAUGUCUACGUGGAUGUCCUUUUAAAGGAGUUCGAGAAGUUCAACCAGAAGCUUGAAGAUGUUUCGAAAAUAGUUCGGAUUCCCCUGCCAGUCUCCAAUGUCUUAUGGGAGCACUGCAUCCGUCUGGCCAACAGGACAUUGGUGGAGGGCUACGCCAACGUGAAGAAAUGCAGUAAUGAAGGACGAGCGCUAAUGCAGUUGGACUUCCAGCAGUUUCUGAUGAAGCUGGAGAAGCUCACAGACCUCAGGCCAAUUCCUGAUAAGGAGUUUGUGGAGACCUACAUCAAAGCGUACUACCUAACUGAAAAUGACAUGGAGCAGUUCAUCAAGAACCACAGGGAAUACUCAAUGAAGCAGCUGACCAACCUGGUCAACGUCUGCCUGGGGUCCCACAUCAACAAGAAGGCGAGACAGAAGCUUCUCUCAGCUAUCGAUGACAUUGACCGUCCAAAAAGAUAAAUAUUGCAGAGCUAGUCCAAUCUCUGCAGAAUCAUCAUGGAAAUCCCAUACACACACUCUUCCUGGUAAACACGAUCCAUAGCGUCACACAGCUCAUGUUUUGUUUAUCAACCGUCUGCUGUUUAUAUUUCAUUAGGAGUGUGAGCAGGACAUGAUGUGACUAUACGAGGGCUGUGAAUGGUAGUAAUUGACAGUAUGACCAGUUUCAUUUGAAUGACAACAAUAAUGCCUGACUCAUGAACUGUCAUGCAGUACAGUUACUUCAUAGCCGUUUCUAUAGCGAAAUCCAUAUUUGCUUAUUUUCUAAUGGAAUGUAAAGCAUGAGUAUCACUUUUUAGCAUUAAAAGUGACAUCAUCGCCGCUUGUCUCUGGUAUUUUAAAGAGAAUGCAUGUUUUGACAGGCUGCUGUUGCUUAUAGCUGUGUCACGGAUCCUUCCCUGUUACACAAGCUCCUCAGACAGGGCUUUACCUUGCAACUUAUUUCUUUACCAUUGAUUUUAUAACUUAUGACACUUGCCGGUUGAUCUCAGAGAUACAUUGUAGUAUUGUUGUCGAAACGUUUGUGCAGAAAAGUGUUUACUUGAUUGUCCGUAAUAUUAAUAGUAACACUUGAAAAACAACUCCAUAUACAUUUCUGUGAAAAAGUGAUGCAUUGUGCUAUGAUGGGCUAUUCAUUUCAGUGACUUUAUAUCGCUCGCUGAUAUAUGUUGCUUUGUGUUGUGCCGUUUUCAGAAAUAUGACGAAAUUGUGUAAUAAUAUUCAGCUGUACCUAGAUGAAGGAAUGAUGGAGAAAUAAAUACACUAACAUUCUUAUUUGAAUGAAUGAUGGUGGCUUUGACCUUUUUUGUGCUAUGAUGGUGUUACAACCACCUCUCUUUUUUCCUUUGAUAUUCUUGCUGGAUAUAACGGAGAACUGCAUUUUGAUGUACAAGCAUGCCGAAGCCUCAUAGGUAGCAUGGCAGAACCUCAGCUGUGGAUUUUUUUAAAAAGAAGUUGCCGGUCUGAGUCCCUGAACAUGCUUCUGUCGUUCUAAUCUCGCUGUUAGACGCGAGCGCAGGGCCAGAUGUCCCUCAGGACCCCUCAUAGUGCAGUCAGCAGAAGAAAAAGCGACCUGGUGCCAUUUAUAGAGCUUACUGGACAUUUUUAAACCAGCACUGCUGUUUUUUUAUAGACACAAAUUAAACAUUGGAUCUUGGCGUACCCAUUCACUUCUACUGUAUAGACGCAAAACAAAUGCAAGUCAAUGGAGACCGCUGUUGUUCAGUUAUCAUCAUUCUUCAAAAUAUCAUCUUGUGUGUUCUGCAGAAGG